AAGCAACAACACAUCAUCACCGUCGUGGGAUACUAUAUCCUCGUUACCUUGUUAAUAAACAACACGGGAGUCCUGUCAUCCCUCCCACGUCACCGGAAGCGCGGAGCCACAUGUCUCCCCACUAACACAGGCGAUAAACAAUCAACAUGGAGGGACCGCUGCUCCCAGGGGCGCCCAACGGCAGCAUACGCACGCCCAGUCCCACACCACCCUCAAUCGACCCCCAGAUAAUCGUCGACCAUCUGGAAAAAGUCCUCGACGUCAGUCUUGGUGCCUCGCAACAAGACCUAUUCGCACCCGGCAGUCUCCUCUCCUCCGCCAAGCUCCAGGACACCCUACAGCGAUGCUCCCGCUUUGCUUCCGAGGGGCAGUCGGUGCUGUACAUAGUCAAGGACAGGGCGGAUGAGCCGCACGCAGACGCGCUCGACGGCACAAAUGGCGUCACUCAUCGCUUUAUCUACACCAUUUCCACCGAACUCACGGCUUCUCCUACCUGCGCAGCAUUUGUUGUCAUUUCGAAGCGACCCAUACCCAUAGACCCAGCGAUACCCCUUAGCGAGCAGGUUCAAAUUUCGACUCUUCCCGGCUUUAUACUUUCUAAUAGCACUUCUUCGCAAGACGGCACACCCUACGAGUUCCUCCAUUCUCUGAUCCAAUCCGCCGUCGAGCCGUACUUCGAUACCUAUACCAAGAAUCAACGUAAUCUAGCAGGAGCAUACAGCAAGGGCGACAAUGAUGCCCGCACAGGUAUCUCAGCGGCGAAGAAGAAGAUGGCGGAGCUGGCACUCAGCCUUCAGCACCUGCAGCAGAACGUGGAGAUUCCGGAGUUGCUUCUGCCGCUACACCCGCUCAUCCAGAGUGCGCUCGAUGACGCUAGUCAGCGUGGCGUCAAGCCCUCACCAGAGCUCAUCCCCGCGGCCAUUGUACAGGACAGUAGCUUCCUCAACGGCCUCCAGGCGACAGUCAAUGGGUGGAUCAAAUCGAUACAGACCAUCACCAAAACCUCGCGUGAUGUGUCGACGGGAACUGCGGCGCAGGAGAUCAACUUCUGGAUAUCUAUGGAGUCUAGGCUACAGGAUAUCGAGACUCAACUCGGCAGCCCCGGUGUCAGAUUGACCUUGGAUGUGCUCAAGAACGCGAAGCGCUUCCAAGCCACUGUCAGUUUCAGUGCAGACACCGGACUCAAGGAGAGCACGGAUCUGGUGCAGAAGUACAACCAGCUUAUGCGCGAGUUUCCGCUCGACCACCUGCUCUCAGCUGCCUCGCUACAGGCUGUGCAAGAAGCGAUACAGUCAAUCUUCAGUCACAUGAACAAGAAGCUUCGCAUCUGUCCGUACCCCGUGCGGCGAGCACUACCUCUCGUUGAGGCGAUAUCCGGCGAUCUCGACGAAAGACUACACAAGCUGCUUCACGGAAAGACACUCAUGCAUAUGGAUUACCCAGAGUUCCAGGCAAUCAUGGCCGUUGCAGAGAGCAUUUGGCGGACAUGGGAAGAUAACGUCAAGGAGUUCACCAAUGUCGCCCGUGAGGUCACCAGGCGAAGAAAUGAGAAGUUCAUCCCUAUCAAGAUCGCAGCGCGACACAAGGAAACCGAGGAGCGUAUUCGAUACAUCACAACAUUCCGCAAGAACCACGAGCAGCUGCAGCGCACCAUCGUCAAUGUCCUUGGCUCCCAAUCUUCUCUCUCCGACACGCAAGCGAAGGAAUCCGUCAUCAUCGAGGAGAUUGGCGAUGUCGAUGCGGUCAAAGAGGUCAAGGAAGCCUACGAUGUUCUCAAAGACGUGAACGUACUAGACGUAACACCUGAGGGUACUCGGUUGUUCGAGCAAGCGGAGCAGAAGUACAAUGAGCGCACUUCGCGUGUCGAGAACUCCAUCAUUGCCAGACUCCGCGAUCGUCUCGGUACGGCCAAGACUGCAAGCGAAAUGUUCCGCGUGUUCGCCAAAUUCAACCCUCUCUUCGUGCGCCCGAAGAUUCGAGGAGCGAUCUCCGAGUACCAAACUCAGCUUAUCGAGAAUGUCAAGCAGGACAUUAUGGCUCUUCACGAGCGCUUCAAGCGGCAGUAUGGUAACUCCGAGGCUCAUGCCAUGGCACAGCUUCGCGACUUUCCUCCUGUGUCCGGCGCUGUCAUCUGGGCUCGACAGAUUGAAACUCAGUUGGAGAGCUACAUGGGCAAAGUUGAAGACAUUCUGGGCAAAGACUGGGCGCUCCAUGCUGAAGGUCAGAAGCUCCAGGCUGAGAGCAGUAUGUUCAAGAAGAAGCUGGAUACCCGCCCCAUAUUCGAGUCGUGGCUACAGGAGGUUGCCAGGAGGAAGCUGUCGAUCUCUGGACGUCUCUUCCUUGUCAGCAAGAACCGCGCAGCAGGCAACAUCCUCGAACUGAACGUCAACUUCGAUGCACAGGUCAUUGCCCUUUUCAAAGAGGUGAGAAAUCUCACAUGGCGCGGCUACCAGGUUCCGCACGGUAUCAACAACAUUUCGAAGGAGGCCAAGCGAGUCUAUCCGUACGCCGUCAGCCUCAUGGAGAGUGUGCGCACUUACACACAGACCGUGCGCUCUAUCUCUGAGCUAGCUAGUGUCGCUUUGUUGCUGAACAAUUACACCAACGAUGUCCAAGCGCUUGUUGGCAAGGGAGUCCCUCUCAAAUGGGAGUCCUUCGUACAUGCCUACGAUCUGCACGUGCGCAAUUCCGGAUUUCCAGCAGCAACUGGUAGUGUCCGAAGCGAGAGCAAGCAUGUACAAUUCGUUCGCGAUUUCGCAGCUGCAACCUCACUCCUCCAGAUCAAGGUUGCGACUCUCGUGAGCAUCAACACGACAGUCGAGAAGGCGUUGAAGGACCUGGAGACCUGCUCAUACAGCAAAGAUGCCUUCCAGCAAAACCUAGAGACAAUACAGAAGUCCAUUGAUCAGCUGAAUCUUGAGAAUUACGCCAAUCUCGCCUCAUGGGUGUCUGAUAUGAAUGCGCGCAUCGAGGCGAUUCUUCUGGUGCGACUGAAUCGGGCUAUCUCAUUGUGGAUAGAAGUCUUCAACAACGUCAACGAUGACGACGAGGACCGACGGCCUGUCAGUCAACCUGCGCCCACGGAGACGCCUGAGGCAAAACCGACCCUGGCACGCCUCACCCUUGAGAUUACAAUGCGAAACCAAGUCAUUUACCUCAGCCCUCCUGUUGAAUACGCACGAGCAAGCUGGCUUGAACAGCUCCAGCAGUGGCUUGCCAUCAUUUGCACCCUCCAGAAGAUAAAGGCUUCGCGGUAUGAGAUCAGACUCGAAGCCAGUAACGAUACCUCCGCCAAUCAAUUCUCCGAUUUGCCAAGCCGCUGUACAGACUCGUUGAUUGAGGUGUACGGUGCUGUAGAAGGCAAGCUGCGCGACAUCUCCUCGUACGUUGACGAGUGGCUUCAGUUCCAAUCACUAUGGGAUUUGCAGUCAGAGCAAGUUUACGAUAUCCUUGGCGAAGAUCUCUCUCGCUGGUUACAGCUGCUUCAAGAAAUUCGAAAGACUCGCGCUACUUUCGACAAUUCCGACAUCAGUCGCCAAUUCGGAUAUGUUACCGUUGAUUAUGAUCAGGUGCAGGUCAAGGUCAAUGCCAAGUACGACCAGUGGCAGCAAGAAAUCCUGACCAAGUUUGCCAGUAGACUUGGCCAGCGUAUGAACGAUGUUUAUGUUCAAGUUGAGAAGGCACGCAAGGACCUCGAGAUGCAAACGCUAGAAGCCUCUUCUACCGCCCAGGCUGUAUCAUUCAUCACCACCGUUCAGCAAUGUAAGAGGAAAGUGAUGGAAUGGGAGCCGGAGAUUGCUACGUUUCGACAAGGACAGGCUACCCUGAGCCGUCAGCGCUAUCACUUUCCCUCUGACUGGCUGGAGAUGGACCAGAUCGACCACGAGUGGCAGACAUUGAACGAGGUCCUGGGGAGGAAGACCAAGAUUGCCAAUGACCAGUCUGAUGCCCUUCGAGCUAAGAUUGCCGCCGAAGAUAAAGUGGUCCAUCAGAAGAUUGUCAACAUCACCGUGGAGUGGACUGAGGAGAAGCCGGUGGCCGGCAAUCUUGCGCCCGCAGAUGCAUCGAAUAUCCUCGCCAAGUUUGACCAGAAGCUCAGUCAGCUACAAACUGAAUCUGGGAAUAUCUCAAAAGCCAAGGAAGCCCUUGGACUGCCACCCUCGCCUGAGAACGCCCUUGAGACUCUACUGGAAGAAGUGCAGGACUUUAAAUCUGUUUGGUCUGCGCUUGGCACUAUCUGGGCAAGCAUCGACGACCUGCGUGAAGUUCUGUGGAGCAGUAUCCAACCUCGUAAACUACGCCAGAAUCUUGACAACCUUCUCAAGAUGACCAAGGAUAUGCCCAGCCGUAUGCGACAGUACCAAGCUUUCGAGUAUGUUCAGAGCACGCUCAAGCAACUUCUGAAGGAGAACGCAGUGCUCGCCGAGUUGCGAUCUGAUGCGGUACGCGAGCGACAUUGGGCUAGGAUCUUCAAGCAGUUAAGACCACACAAACGAUACUCAGCCAUCUCCAUGACCCUCGGCGACGCCUGGGAUCUCAAGCUUGGACCGAGCGAGAAGAUCAUUCGCGAUGUCAUAACCCAGGCGCAAGGUGAGAUGGCGCUCGAGGAGUUCUUGAAGCAGGUUCGUGAGACGUGGCAGAACUACGCUUUGGAGCUCGUCAACUACCAGAACAAGUGCCGUCUCAUCCGUGGUUGGGACGAUUUGUUUGCCAAGUGCAGCGAGAAUCUCAAUUCUCUACAGGCCAUGCGACAUUCCCCGUACUACAAGGAAUUUGAGGAAGAAGCGUCAUCGUGGGAAGACAAGCUCAACCGCGUCCAUGUCCUCUUCGACGUAUGGAUCGAUGUUCAACGCCAAUGGGUUUACUUGGAGGGCGUGUUCACAGGCAAUGCCGACAUCAAGCACUUGCUGCCCAUGGAGUCAUCUCGCUUCCAAAACAUCAACUCGGAGUUCCUGUCAGUCAUGAAGAAGGUUUCCCGCCAGCCAUUCGUUCUCGAAGUGCUGAAUAUCUCUGGUGUCCAAAAAUCCCUGGAACGUCUAGCCGAGCUUCUAAACAAGAUUCAAAAAGCUCUCGGAGAGUACCUUGAGCGCGAGCGCGUAUCGUUCCCCCGCUUCUACUUCGUUGGUGACGAAGAUCUCCUAGAGAUCAUUGGUAAUAGCAAUGAUGUCCUUCGUAUCGCUAAGCAUCUUAGGAAGAUGUUUGCAGGUAUCUCUGGCCUGAUCACCGAUGAGGAUGGGGUUAUUCAAGGCUUCACUUCAAAGGAGGGAGAAGAAGUCACGCUUCGCAAAGAGAUCUCACUCGUUAAAACACCUAGGAUCAACGAGUGGCUAGGCGCGCUGGAACAGAAUAUGAAGACUACGUUGGCUGAGCUCACCUAUGAGGCUUACGAAGAAUUUGCCCAGCUGAUGGCACCCGACGGCAUGGACCCUGACGCCUUCACCGACUAUAUCGCGAAGUACCCAACACAGGUUGUUGUGCUCGGAACGCAGAUUGCCUGGACACAUGCAGUGGAGAAGUCUCUCAACGAAGAAGGAACAACUCUGCCUCAGCUAUAUGAGAAACAAGUCAACAUUUUGAAGUUGCUUGCUACCGCAGUCUUGGGUGAUCUCGCACCGAUCCAGCGUAGGAAAUGCGAAGAUCUCAUCACCGAGUUCGUUCACCAGCGGGAUGUAAUCCACAAGCUACAGAAAGUUGGUGCACGUUCAACUACGCACCAUUUGUGGCUUCUGUCUAUGCGCUACGUAUACGAGCCCGCCAACGACCUGCUGCUGCGACUGAAGAUCAAGAUGGCGAAUGCUACUCUUGAUUAUGGCUUCGAGUAUCUUGGAGUCGCGGACCGUCUUGUUCGAACGCCUCUUACCGAUCGCUGUUUCCUUACCCUCACACAAGCUCUGUGCCAGCGACUUGGAGGCUCACCAUACGGACCUGCCGGUACUGGUAAGACUGAGUCCGUCAAGGCUCUUGGUGUCCAACUAGGACGAUUUACCCUUGUCUUCUGCUGUGACGACACUUUCGAUUUCCAGGCUAUGGGUCGCAUCUUCCUCGGUAUCUGUCAAGUUGGUGCUUGGGGCUGCUUCGACGAGUUCAAUCGUCUCGAGGAGCGCAUUCUUUCAGCCGUGUCCCAGCAGAUCCAAAACAUUCAGCUCGGGUUGAAGAAGGGCGUUGAAGAUGACAAGUCCCAGAUUGAGCUUAUCGGCCGCCAGCUGAAAGUCAACGGCAACACCGGAGUCUUCAUCACCAUGAAUCCCGGUUAUGCUGGUCGUUCAAACUUGCCCGACAAUCUCAAGAAGCUCUUCCGCAGCGUCGCCAUGUCGAAACCUGACAAGGAGCUGAUUGCUGAAGUCAUGCUUUACUCUCAAGGUUUCUCGCAAGCCAAGGAGCUCUCAAAGCACGUCGUCCCAUUCUUCGACAAGUGUGCAGCCGGCCUUUCAAAGCAAGCUCACUACGACUUUGGCCUGCGUGCCCUGAAAAGUGUGCUAGUCAGCUCUGGUGGCCUCAAGCGAGCUCGCAUUGCCGUUCAGAAAGAUUCUCAGAUAGCCGACGAAGCCAUUAUGGAACCACAAAUCAUCAUUCAGAGCUUACGAGAAACCAUGGCACCAAAACUUAUUCGGCACGAUGUCGAUCUGAUGAAGGCCAUCCAGGAAGAGUCGUUCCCAGGCGUCGAAUACAUCCCUGCGCCUCUGGACAAGCUGACAGCAGCAAUUCGCAAGUGCGCUGCUGAAUCGAAACUGGUUGUGAGCGAUGCUUGGAUGACUAAGAUCAUUCAGCUUUACCAGAUCCAAAAUUUGCACCACGGUGUAAUGAUGGUUGGUUCUUCUGGCUCCGGCAAGUCCGCAGCUUGGAGGACACUGCUUUCCGCCAUUUCGGCCGUCGAGGGCGUUGAAGGAGUCUGUCACGUUAUUGACCCCAAGGUCAUGUCCAAGGAGCAACUUUACGGGACACUCGAUAGCACUACCCGCGAAUGGACCGACGGUCUCUUCACUAGCAUUCUACGCAAGAUUGUCGACAACCUCCGCGGUGAAGAUAGCAAACGACAUUGGAUCGUCUUCGACGGCGAUGUUGAUCCCGAGUGGGUUGAGAAUCUGAACUCCGUUCUCGACGACAAUAAGCUGCUCACCUUGCCCAAUGGUGAGCGUCUUAACUUGCCGAACAAUGUCCGCAUCAUGUUCGAAGUCGAAACGCUCAAGUACGCAACACUCGCGACCGUCUCACGUUGCGGUAUGGUCUGGUUCAGCGAUGACACGGUGGAUGUGGAUAUGAUGCUCAAGAACUACGCCGAGCAUCUUAAGACUGUUGCUUUCGAGGACAUUGAGGACGACUCGGUAGCUCCAGGUCAGAUGUCUCAGAAGACGCUCUCCACACAAGGAAUGAUCGCCGAAUUCCUGCAUAUCAAGCUCACACAAGACCGUUUUAUCGAGAAGGCACUCAGCCUGGCACGGAAAUUCAAACACAUCAUGGAGUAUACCGAUAUCCGAGCGCUGAACACCCUCUUCUCGCUUCUCAACAAAGCAUGCCGUAACGUGCUCGAGUACAAUGUCCAGCAUCCAGACUUCCCCCUUGAAGACGACAAGAUGGAGACGUACCUCGCCAAGAAGCUGCUUGUCGCCCUAGUCUGGGCACUGGUUGGUGACUGCCCUCUGUCGGAACGUAAACAGUUCGGCGACCUUAUUGCUGGUCUCACUGAUGUGGAAUUACCACCUCUUAAUGAUUCUACGUCUCUAAUCGACUAUGACGUCAAGCCGAACAACCCAGACUGGGACCUCUGGCAGAACCAGGUCCCGAGCGUUGAAGUUAACACUCAUUCUGUUACUCAAACCGACGUGGUCAUUCCCACCCUUGACACGGUUCGCCACGAGGAUGUCUUGUACUCAUGGCUCGCAGAGCACAAGCCCCUGUUACUGUGUGGUCCUCCCGGUUCUGGUAAAACUAUGACGCUGUUCAGCGCCCUUCGAAAGUUGCCGAAUAUGCAAGUCGUUGGUCUCAACUUCUCCAGCGCAACCACUCCGGACCUUCUCAUCAAGACUUUCGAGCAGUACUGCGAGUAUAAGAAGACUUUGAAUGGCGUCCAACUCACCCCAACACAAGUUGGCCGAUGGCUCAUCAUCUUCUGUGACGAGAUCAAUUUGCCUGCACCCGACAAGUAUGGUACUCAGAGAGCAAUUUCCUUCCUACGACAACUUGUGGAACAUAACGGUUUCUGGAGGACUUCCGACAAGACUUGGGUCACUCUCGACCGUAUUCAGUUCGUUGGUGCCUGUAACCCACCUACGGACGCUGGCCGUACACCUAUGGGUCUUCGUUUCUUGCGUCAUGCUCCCCUGAUCAUGGUCGAUUACCCUGGAGAGCAAUCGUUGCUUCAGAUCUAUGGCACCUUCAAUAGCGCUGUGCUCAAGAUCAUCCCUACACUACGCGGGUACUCCGAUGCCUUGACUAGGGCCAUGGUUCAGCUCUAUGCUGAGUCGCAGAAGCGGUUCACACCGGACAUCCAGCCACAUUACGUCUACUCUCCCCGUGAGCUUACGCGCUGGGUCCGAGGUAUCUAUGAAGCUCUUCGACCGCUUGAGACCCUACCGAUUGAAGGUCUUGUCAGGAUCUGGGCACACGAAGCUUUGCGACUGUUCCAGGAUCGUCUCAUUGCGGAAGACGAGAGGCAAUGGACUGAAGAAUGCGUACACCGAAUCGCAUCCGAGCAUUUCCCAACCAUCAACGAGGAGAAGGCUCUUGGAGGACCUAUCUUGUUCUCUAACUGGCUGUCGAAGAACUACGUGCCAGUCGAACGGGAGCAACUCCGAGAAUUUGUGAAAGCCCGACUGCGGACUUUCUGCGAAGAAGAAGUCGAUGUUCCACUUAUCCUCUUCAAUGACGUGCUCGAGCAUGUGCUCCGCAUCGAUCGUGUGUUCCGCCAGCCACAGGGUCAUCUCAUUCUCAUUGGUGUCAGCGGAUCUGGUAAGACGACGCUGUCUCGCUUCGUGGCCUGGAUGAACGGCCUGAGUGUGUACCAGAUCAAAGUACACGGCAAGUACUCUGGAGAAGACUUCGACGAAGACCUGCGCAACGUACUGCGGCGCUGCGGCUGCAAGGGUGAAAAGAUAUGCUUCAUCAUGGAUGAGGCAAACGUUCUGGACUCCGGUUUCCUGGAGCGAAUGAAUACCCUUCUUGCCAACGCGGAGGUUCCCGGACUCUUUGAGGGUGACGAGUACGCCUCUUUGAUGACCGCUAUCAAGGAGGGUGCUCAGCGACAAGGCACGAUCCUCGACUCCCAGGAAGAACUUUACAAGUGGUUCACAGAGCAGAUCGUCAAGAAUCUCCAUGUGGUGUUUACGAUGAACCCGCCCGAGGAAGGCUUAUCGUCCAAGGCUGCCACCAGUCCAGCUCUGUUCAAUCGUUGCGUUCUCAACUGGUUCGGAGACUGGUCUGAUCAGGCUCUAUACCAGGUGAGCUCAGAGCUCACCCAAUCCGUUGACUUGGAUCGACCCAACUACGCCGCGCCAGAUACCAUACCAAUCGCCCAUCGCGGACUCAGCCUUCCACUAUCUCAUCGCGAGAGCGUGGUUAAUGCUAUGGUUGCGGUACACCACUCUUUGAGAACCAAGAAUGCCAAGUUACAGAAGACGCAGAACCGCAAAAUGUACCUCACUCCACGCCACUUCCUUGACUUUGUCGCACAAUACGUCAAACUCUACAAUGAGAAGCGCGAAGACCUUGAAGAGCAACAACGCCAUCUUAAUGUCGGUCUCGAGAAGCUCAGGGAGACUUUCGAUAAGGUCAAAGAACUGCGAGCCAGUCUUGCGGAAAAGCAGACGCAGCUCACGAAGAAGGAUGCUGAAGCGAACGAGAAGCUACAGCGCAUGAUUUCAGAUCAGAGAGAAGCUGAGCAGAAGAAAGCAGGCUCAAUCGAAAUUCAGGCUAGGCUUGCGAAGGACAAGGAAGAGAUUCAGAAGCGACAGGAAGUGGUGGAACAUGACUUAGCGGCCGCCGAGCCUGCUGUGCUUGAAGCACAGAAGAGUGUUCAGAACAUUAAGCGACAACAUCUUACCGAAGUCCGAUCUAUGCAGAACCCCCCCGCUGGUGUCAAGCUCGCGUUGGAGGCUGUCUGUACUCUUCUUGGACACAAGCCUGACAGCUGGAAGACCAUCGUUUCCAUUGUCAGGCGCGACGACUUCAUCGCCAGCAUCGUCCAAUUCGACAACGAGAGACAGAUGACUGCCGCGCAUCGUAGGAAGAUGCAGGCCGAGUAUCUUUCGAAAGAGGAGUUCACAUUCGAGAAGGCCAACCGUGCUUCCAAGGCCUGCGGUCCGCUCGUGCAGUGGGUGUCUGCUCAAGUCACCUACUCCGAUAUCCUCGAUCGCGUCGGGCCCCUGCGUGCUGAAGUCGACAACUUGCAGACUGAGCUGCAGAAAACGGAGGAUGGCGCCAAGGAAACCGAGAUCCUUAUUCAGAACCUCGAGGACAGCAUUGGUCGGUACAAGACAGAAUAUGCAGCAUUGAUUAGCGAAACGCAAGCUAUCAAGACCGAGAUGUCGACCGUCCAAUUCAAGGUCGACCGCAGCGUGCGCCUCCUGGAAAGCUUGUCUUCCGAGCGUACACGAUGGGAGGAAAGCAGCAAGUCGUUCGACUCUCAGAUCGACACUAUCGUUGGCGAUGUUCUCGUGGCUGCCGCCUUCAUUGCUUACGCAGGCUACUACGAUCAACAGUACCGAAAGGCCCUCACUGAGGACUGGUUCGACCAUCUCAAGCACUCUGGCAUCAGCUACAAGACGCCAAAUCCUUUCACGGAGUAUCUUUCGAUCGCCGACGAUCGCUUGACAUGGCAGCACAAUGGCUUGCCAGUCGAUGAUCUAUGCACCGAGAAUGCUAUCAUUCUCCAGCGCUUCAACCGUUACCCACUCAUCAUUGACCCAUCUGGCAGGACUACGGAAUUCUUGCAGAAUGAGUGCAAGGAUCGUCGUCUCACGGUCACUAGCUUCUUGGACGACUCGUUUACGAAACAGCUGGAGAGUUCUUUACGCUUUGGUAACCCGAUCCUGAUUCAAGAUGCCGAGCAUCUGGACCCCAUCCUCAAUCACGUGCUCAACAAGGAAUACCAGAAGACAGGCGGUCGUGUGCUCAUUCAACUCGGCAAACAAGAGAUCGACUUUUCGCCAUCCUUCCGCUUGUACCUAUCCACGCGCGAUCCUUCAGCAAACUUUGCACCCGAUAUCUGCAGUCGUACUACUUUCGUCAACUUUACGGUCACGCAGAGUAGCUUGCAAACACAGACGCUCAACGAAGUGCUCAAGUCGGAAAGGCCCGAUGUGGAUGAGCGACGAUCGAAUCUCAUCAAGAUGCAAGGCGAGUUUGCUGUCCAUCUUCGCCAACUUGAGAAGCGCCUGCUACAAGCUCUCAACGAAUCUCGUGGUAAUAUUCUGGAUGACGACCGUGUCAUCGAAACACUGGAGACGCUGAAGAAGGAGGCUAAAGAGAUUUCCGACAAGGUCUCAGAGACCGCGGGAGUCAUGACAGAGGUCGAGAAUAUCACCAAGGAGUACACCGUCGUUGCGCGCUCCUGCUCGGCCAUCUUCGCUGUCUUGGAGCAACUGCAUCAUUUGAACCACUUCUACCAGUUCUCGCUUCAAUACUUCACCCAGAUCUUCGAGACUGUGCUUCGCAAGGUUAGAAAUUCCUCCAUCACCGGACACGCCGCCCGUAUCGAUCAGAUCAUUACCGAGAUCUUCGUUGACGCGUAUCGCCGCACGUCCUUGUCGCUGCUUCAAAAGGAUCGUGUCACGUUCGCCAUGCUUCUGGUGCAGGCGGCGCCCUACAAGAUGGACAAGACCCACAUCGACAAGAUCCUGGACUCAGAUGUGGAGGGUAUCGAUGUAUCGACCCAGUCAGAGCGCAAAGACGAAGCUAUGGAUCGUGCGGGCAAAUUGCCAAUGUUCCGAGGAGAACUUGAAAAGAUCGAUGAGAGCACCUGGGAUGCCUUCCUCACCGAGGAGCUGGCAGAACGAUUCGCGCCACAAGCUUGGCCUGACGACUUGAACAAAUUCGACAAACUUCUACGGGCCCUCAUCCUCGUCAAACUAUUCCGCGUGGAUCGCUUUGUCCCCGCCGUUGAGCGUUUUGUCACAGAAGUGUUUGGGAAGGGCAUUCUGGAUGCCAGUGGCGAUCUUGGAGACAUUGUCAAGCAAGUCAACGCCAUUACUCCAGUGGCUCUCAGCUCAAGUCCUGGUUUCGACGCCAGUUACAAGGUCGAUAAUCUUGUCGAAAGAGAACAAGUCACCUGCUCCAACAUCGCCAUGGGUUCCAACGAAGGUGCAGCAUCAGCAGACAAGGCCAUUGCCAAUGCUGCUACAACAGGUAACUGGGUACUGGUCAAGAACGUUCACCUUGCUCCUCAAUGGUUGCAAUCGCUGGAGAAGAGGCUCGAAGCCCUCAAGCCUAACCCCGACUUCCGCCUCUUCCUGUCCAUGGAAUCAAGCCCGAAGAUUCCCGUCAACCUCCUUCGCGCUUCUCGCGUUCUCUCCUACGAACAGCCCGCUGGUAUUCGAGCCAACAUGAAAGAUUCGCUUUCUUCGCUGGCCGAGAAGGCCAUCAAGCCGCCUGUCGAGAAGGCGCGCGUUUACCUCAUGCUAUCCUUCCUGCAUGCUGUGGUACAGGAGCGUCUUCGCUACGCGCCCAGCUUGGGAUGGAAGGGCUUUUGGGAGUUCAACGACAGCGACUACGAAUGCUGCAGCUUCAUCAUUGACACGUGGAUCGACUCUGUCGCGCAAGGGCGCUCCAACAUUGCCCCUACCAAGAUUCCAUGGGAGAUGAUACGCACUCUAAUCACCGAGAUGUACGGCGGCAAGAUCGACGACGAAUCUGACUGGCGCACACUCGCGUCGCUUGUCGAUGAGUGCAUGACGCCCGCCGCUUUCGAAGACAAUUUCAAGAUCGUCAAGGAUACGGAGCAUAGUGAAGGCCUCGAGCUGCCGAGCACUACGGGCUGGAAGGACUUCAUGCAGUGGGUCAAUGACCUUCCUGAGCGUGAGCCGCCUACGUACUUGGGUCUGCCGGCCAAUGCAGAGAAGUUGUUGCUUGUCGGACAGGCGAAGGAGAUGGUGGGUAAUUUGAAGAGGGUGGUGGAGAUGUUGGACGAGGGUGAGCAGAUUAUGGCUGAAGCAGAGACGUAAGCAAAGCAUACCACGUCGGGCACACAAAGAAUAGCCCUGUUUUUCUUUUUCCUUUGUUGCAGCAGAUUGGUCACUCUUCCAUCGUACAGAUUACUUAGGGAAUGGUCUUUUCGGGCGCAUCGAGGCUAGCCGUUUGCAAUUUCUCCCUGGUUUAUACGGAGUUUGCGAGACUUUUGCGAGGGUUUUUUCGGGUGGGAAAUCGUUUUCGCUAACUAUACCCCAUAUACCCAAGUUUUCCUUUUGUAGUUGUUCAGGCUUCGGCACCAAAUUUUUUCAUCGCUGUAAUAAGUCCAGCUCUUGCGCACAGAAUAAAAUAUAAACAAUUUGUUAU